GGAGAGUGCGCGUUGAAGCGAGCGAGACUCCGCCCCUCGGUAGGAAGACAGGCGCCACUCUAGCCAGAGCCUUCGCCGCGCGGAGAUGGCGCGAAUCCUGCGCCCGCCAACCCGCACGGAGGGGCGGCGUGCGCGUGGGCAGUAGAAUGGCGCUCAAGACGCCUACGCCGGGCGGCGCGGGCGAGCGCGAGACCUGGGGCAAGAAGGUCGACUUUCUGCUGUCCGUCAUCGGGUUCGCGGUCGACCUGGCCAACGUCUGGCGGUUCCCCUACCUCUGCUACAAGAAUGGCGGCGGAGCGUUCCUGGUGCCGUACUGCAUCAUGCUGGUGGUGGGCGGCAUCCCGCUGUUCUACAUGGAGCUGGCGCUGGGGCAGUACCACCGUAAGGGAGCCAUCACCUGCUGGGGGAGACUCGUACCACUCUUCAAAGGUAUCGGAUACGCAGUAGUGCUGAUCGCGUUCUACGUGGACUUCUACUACAACGUGAUCAUCGCGUGGGCGCUCCGGUUCUUCUUCGCGUCCUUCACCACCAUGCUGCCGUGGACCAACUGCGAUAACGAGUGGAAUACGCCUUCCUGCCAGCCGUUCGAAGCCUUCAGAGAGAAUGCUUUGAAUCGAUCUCGGCUGCGUGUCAACGAUACAACAUCUGCGGGGGCUGUACAAACUACGCCCUUCACUUCUGCUGCCGCUGAAUACUUCAACCGAGCUAUAUUGGAACUGCACGGGAGCGAUGGUCUUCACGAUCUGGGCGCAGUCAAGUGGGACAUGGCGCUGUGCCUGCUGGCUGUCUACGUCAUCUGUUACUUCUCACUCUGGAAAGGCAUCAGCACUUCUGGCAAAGUUGUCUGGUUCACGGCGCUGUUUCCAUACUUUGUUCUGCUAAUUCUGUUGGUGCGAGGUAUCACCCUCCCUGGCUCUGCUACCGGUAUCAAAUAUUAUCUGAAUCCGAACUUCGAAGCUAUAACGCAGCCACAGGUAUGGGUAGACGCAGCUACUCAAGUUUUCUUCUCACUCGGACCUGGAUUUGGGGUUCUUCUGGCCUACGCUUCUUACAAUAAAUACCAUAACAACGUUUACAAGGACGCCCUUCUGACGAGCUUCAUCAACUCAGCGACAUCUUUCAUCGCUGGGUUCGUCAUCUUCAGUGUACUCGGCUACAUGGCUCAUGCAUCAGGCAGGGAGGUUCAGGACGUAGCUACCGAGGGGCCAGGACUGGUGUUUGUUGUAUACCCGGCAGCGAUAGCUACCAUGCCUGGAUCUACAUUCUGGGCUUUGAUAUUCUUUAUGAUGCUGUUGACCCUUGGCUUGGACAGCUCUUUCGGUGGCUCGGAAGCAAUAAUAACGGCUCUGAGCGACGAGUUUCCCCCCAUCGGGAACCACCGUGAAAUCUUCGUGGCAUGUCUGUUCACAUUGUACUUCUUCGUCGGCCUCGCUUCCUGUACCAAAGGCGGCUUUUACUUCUUCCAACUCUUGGACCGAUAUGCCGCUGGAUACUCCAUACUUGUAGCUGUGUUCUUCGAAGCUAUUGCUGUGUCUUGGAUCUAUGGUACGGAGCGUUUCUGCGAGGAUAUUCGCGACAUGAUUGGCUUCCGACCCGGCGUCUACUGGCGGUUCUGCUGGCGUUUUGCCGCUCCAGUGUUCCUUCUCUUCAUCACGGUCUAUGGCCUGCUAGAUUAUGCCCCUCUGCAAUAUGAGGACUACGUUUACCCGGGGUGGGCCAAUGCUCUCGGCUGGGCUAUAGCAGGGUCCAGUGUCAUGUGCAUACCAGUUGUGGCCAUCUAUAAGAUCCUCACUACUAAAGGCACCUUCGUUGAGCGUCUACGCAUUUUGACGACACCAUACGCGGACACUGAGGGCAUAUCCCGUGGGGGCACGGUGCACAACGGGCUGGUGGUGUCGGAGAGUGGCGGCGUGCGGCUGUCGUCAGCUGCGCAUACGCCGCCGUCGCCGCACGCGCCGUCGUUGGCGUCAGCGCCCGCGCUUGUCUGAGCACAGCUCUCCUUCGACGUCUACUACGUAUAGCGUCGUUACUUUCACCAACCACCAACAACUACAGCAGAACGAAAGUAAAACCGUUGGGCGACAAACAGUGGCCCGAUUGUUUUUUUUUUUACGGAGACAUCGACUUUAAUUCGACUGACAUUUUGACCCUAUACGUUGGACCGACACUGACUUUGGAACGAAGCAUUUUUGGAAAAUAUUUGUCGCCUAACGGUUUCACUUUCGAUUUUAGUUUUUUUUUUUCAGUUACGUAGAAGCGGGUAUGGAGAGUUGUCUAUCGGGCUGUGCUAAAUGUUUAAGGCUUAAAUGAGGGUAGUUUAAUUUAGGUUUAUCGAAUGCUUUAUUUUCACAUCACUCCCGAGUCGCUUUUCUCUUUGGAAACAAAGAUUUUUUUAUUUAAUUAUAAUUUUAUAUAACUUGCUACGAAUAAGGCUUAAGAGCUUAUAGCUUUUAUUGUUAUGGUUGAUAGGAGGAGGGUAGAUAGAAAAGUGAGUUGUAAAUAAAGAUUGAGAGAAACAUUGAAUGUAACGUAGUAACAAUAUGUACGGGUAGGAAUUUUCAAGCUCUUUGCAUGUAGGCAUUCUAACGAUUUUAAAACUUUUUGUAGCCUGAUAUGAUAUAGAAUCAUGUGAAGUAAGUAAGUAUAUCUAAUAUUAUAAUUCAGAAAACCGUCGAUGUGUUUAGAAGUAGGCUUAGUUUUAGAAAAUAUAAACAGAUAGAGGUUGAUGCUGGAACAAUUAUUGUAUUUAUAAACAAGCUUCGCGUAAUAGCUGAGGAUUUCAAAUUUUAUUAGCAACGGAAACUUUUUUUAUGAUACCCUAGAACCGGAAAACCAGUCCUCGACUUGAGUAUCUCUCCACUUUUGGCACAUGCUUUUUAUUCAACACCUUUGCACGAUUUUCUUGGGCUUAGCCCUGUAAUGCUACCCUGCCUAUAAAAUAGGAAUUGCCAUUAAUCUCCCAAUAUAAUUGGAUAGGUAGUAUAUUAUGUAGAAAAUUGUAUAUUACCUACAUACGUGUAUCAAUGCAUAUACUUAUUUAAGGAAAUAAUAUACUAAAUAAUAUUAUCCGUGUAGUAGCAUUAACUUUAUUAUCUUGUAGUUUAGGUAGUAAUUUCUUUACAGUAGUAAAUUAAAGUAACUGUUGAAUGUAUGUUCGCUUAUUUAUUAAACUUAGUUAAGUAGUAUUACGAUUAAUCGCAUAAAAUUAUACCUAUUUGAAUGUUAUCACGUUAUAUUGAAACAUUUAUUAAUGUUGAGUAGAAUUUAGAUGUUAAGGAUAAUUUUAAGUAAAAUGAAAUGCUGUGUAGAUAAUAGAAAAAGUAGAUUACACUUUACGAUAAAUGUAGACUAAAGUUCAUGUACCCACAUACAUAAGUAUCUAUAACUUUAAAUGUUUAAGAACUUACAUGAUAUAAUUAUCUAAUCGAUUUUCGUCUCUUAAUGUUGUGAUUAGAAAACGAUCAAAAGUAAAAAAAAUGCUCCAUUUUUAUUGUAAUACUUAAUUAUAUUUUAUUGGUAUCAUUCAUCAUUCCGUCCUGGGCAAUGCGGACUGAUGAAUUUUGCGAUAUUUGUAUUGAUUUUUUAUUUUUAUAUUAAUGUAGGAAUGUAUGGAUACGACACAAAGUAUCUUCCAGUAUGAUAAUGAGGAGACUCCACACACUUAUUCCGUGUAGUUCACUCGUAGGGCCAAGUAGAUGGCUGUAUAACCUACUAUAUCGUAUAUCUUAUAAAAAAAAACAUAGGUAAAUAUUAUUAUCGGAAACAUGAAUAUCUUCCAUAUUUUCAAUGUUAGAACUGUUUUGAUGAAUAUCUUAUUGUGAAAUGUACCACUCUAGAUGUUGAUGUUAUAUUUAUGAUCAAUCGGUAGUCAUAUCAGCCAUUAUGACUACUGAUUUUUAGAAUAAAUUCGUUUAUACUUACUGUA